AUGCCGGACGAGCCGCGGCGCGUCGUCCUGGAGAAAUCCCGAACAGUGCGACGUCGCUACCAGCGCAGCAACAAGCCCUUCCAAUUCACCGCCUCGCAGCUGCAGCGGAUUGAGCGCGAACAGGAGCGCGAGCGCCGAGCAAAGCAGAUACGUGAUAAGGAGAAGAAGCGCACGGCCAACAAGAAGCGAAAGGCUGAGGAGGAGGCCCGCGUCCGGGAAGAACGCAAGCGCCGCGGGAUACCGGACCCCCACGCCCCCUCCGUUCCUUCGAGUCAGCCGCUGCUCUCGAACUUCCUGGGGCUGGCGAAGCGACCUGCGCCGGUUGCUGCGGAGCCGUUGCCGACCGAGACCGGGGACCAGGGCGAUGGCGGAGAUACGGAGCCGGACAGCGAGGCUGGUGACACCGAGGUCGACGACGACACUUGUGAUAAUGUGGAAGAAAAUUCGGGACAGGAGCUAUCUGGCCUCCAGGACGCGGGCGUCCUCGAGAAUUCGAAAAGUCCCGAUUCUACCAGGAAGAACCAAUGCGUGCCCAAAGACGACGACGAAUUUUCUGAUUGUUCAGCUUUCAACGAUGAAGAUAUCAUGAAAGAGGCCGAAGCGGCCGCAACCUCACAACCACUCCACGAAACAACGAACCAUCCUACCCCCAGGCCAUCGUCCUUCCUCCAGCCCCCUUCGAACAGCCGGCCGAAAGGUACGGCUAGCGCGAUGGUCUCGUUCGGAGACUCCUUCAGAGAUGAAACUGCGGACUUGCUCGAAGAAGCCUUCGCUGGUAGCUAUGGUGAUUCUUUUGGGCCAUUGGAUUUACCACGAUAA